AGUUUCCAAUAGGUUCCAAAAUGUUCAUACUAUCGUCUGCCUAACAUUAAUGAGAUUGAUCAUUCUUACUUAAAUACUAUGUUUAUAUUAUUUCAAAGCCUAUAUAAAUGAUUUUACGAUGAGGAAUAGUGUGCUAAGAAAGCAAAUUAUACUAUCAAUUUUUAGUAUAUCCUUCUUUCGUGAAAUAUUAGGAGAUGAUCAUAGAUCGAAUUGUUCAAAAGUAGGAUCUCAGUUUGUUCGAAAAUUUGUAAAAAACCAUUUAAAGUCGGAGUUAACAACAUUCGGUGAAAAAUCAUUUCCGGAAACUUGCCCAUUUGAUUUAAGAUCGGAGGUUUAUCAAAACUACGAAAUGAGGAAAGUAGAGGAAACAGCAAGUAAAUGGACUUGUAAUUUUUGUGGAAAAUCGUUCGUUUCUGAAGAAUUUUUAGAAAAUCAUUUUGAUUUAAAGCAUCCUGGACAUCUUAGAAACGAUCUGAAAUGUUUAUCUGAUUUAUGUCCAUACUUUCGUUGUGACGUUCAUAUGGACUACUACGAUAGAGUGAUUCAAUGGGAAGAGAGUAAUUGUCCAAGAAUACAUUUAAACAAAAGAAAGCAAGAAUGUUAUAAAAUGAUAACGAAAUGUGUUCCACCAUCCCUCCAAGAAGCAGAUGCAAGAUAUCUAUGGGUUUAUGCCCAUUAUUCUACAUAUGUAGAAGGAAUGGAGAAUAAAUCCCGAAGAUAUUCAUUUAGUCGUGGUGAUCAAAGUGGAUACUAUGCAAGAUAUUAUCCAGGUCUUAAAUGUUAA